AUGGAAAAACCGGACUCCCUGGAGACCUCGAAGCGCAUUGAGCGCGUGCUCUUCGACUUCGAGGCCGAGGUUUUUGUGCUCGCGUUCUCCUCCUCUGCUGCAGUGAAUACGCGAGCUCCACGCUGGCGGAUGUCAAUUUUAGUAUCUUUUGAGAGUCAGGUUGCCGCUGGAGAGGAAGUGCUGCUUGCGAAUGGCCAGUGCUACGCAGAGCUGAAGUUGCGCUGGGCAGCCGCGCAUGCUCGAGUCGCUGAGAAGACGCGGUUGCCAGCUCGGGAGCCGCCGCCGGCCAAUCCCGAUGAUCUGGAGCUGCUGCGUCGCCGUGUUACGGAGCUCGAGUCGGCCCUCCAGGCCGCCAUCCUCCGGCUCGUGGAGCAAGGGGCCAAAGUGAAAGCCCAGGCGUCGAUUGAACUCGGGCAUCUUCCGGUACCAGCCCCGGCGAAGCCUGCAGCUGCAGCCGCUGCGAAAGGAGAGGAGAGGAGGCACGAAGCAACGAUGAGAUAUCUCAUGGAGAAGCUGGAGGAGACGUUGACGGAUCGCAGACGCUACUUCGAUCGUUACACCACUCUCCGGGAGCUGGUCCUGAGCCGCUCCUCUUUGCCCCAUGUGGCAGAGUCUGCAGCGCGCGCUUCCGGCGAGGCCCUCAGCGAGAUGGAGAGCAAAUGGAUCCUGAGCGAUCAGGCGCUGCUGGAGGCGCGGUUGCUCCGAGCCCGGGGCCGGCACCGGAGUCUUUUCGAGUCCGUGCGGCGCAAGGAGUACCAGGUCGACGAGGCGCUGCGCUCUGCCGAGGCUCGGCGGCCGACAGAUGCCGCGCGCGAGGAGCUCUUCCAACGACUGGGCGUGCUUCCUGCUCCAGCUGUGUGGCGCUGGGCUGGAAAAGAGAUCCUGCAUGCAUGGGGUUCCGGGGAUUGUCACCGGCUGUUUCUCAAUGGGUCACAAGCUGUUGGACCGCACGGCGCGGAUAAUUCGCCGCUAGUUACCGCUAGUUAUUCCAUGUUUGAGAUGCUGGAGUUUUGGGGCGGAGCGUGUUCGUAG